AUGACGGGAUGCCAGGGUGCAGGCCUGCUCGAGAGCCCGGGAGCCGGCGACAGAGAGGGCUCACUGAAAAGCACGGCAGGGGCUUGGGGUUUGGAAGAACCUCGUUCUCAGACCCUGAGAAGUCCGGACUUUCUAACAGUGUGCUACCUAAAGGAAUAUAAGGAGUUGAUACUUACUCAACGAAAGCGCCGUGGAGGAGCAGCUAAUUCUAGGCGAGCUCGGAAGCGAAACCGCUUGAUGGCUUCCACUGCAGAAAUGGCUUCAGAAGCAGAGCCAAUAGAACUUGAAGAAAGUGCCGGUGAAGAAGUAGUAGAUCUCACACGUGAACCUUCUGAUCCUGUAGUCGUUGAUCUAACUCACAAUGAUUCUGUUGUGAUUGUUGAAGAGAAUCAACGACAAAGGAGAAAUCUCAGACUCAGAGGCCAGCGACAGUUGGAUAUCUGUAUACUGAUCAGCGAUGAUGACGAUGAACCAGGAGAUAAUGAUGUGUAUGUGACAGAUAAAGCGUCUUUCUAAAGGCUAAUUUCUGAUAUAGAGUAAAACCUGAUUUUUUCCAAGCCGUCUGGUACCGUUAGCUGUCCGAUUUGCAUGGAUGGCUACUCAGAGAUUGUGCAAAGCGGACGCCUGAUUGUGUCGACCAAAUGCGGCCAUGUCUUCUGCAGUCAGUGCCUCCGUGAUUCCCUUAGGAAUGCCAACUCUUGCCCAACCUGCAGGAAGAAACUCACUCACAGACAGUAUCAUCCCAUUUAUAUAUGAGUACUUCUAUUUCUCAGGACAGACUCAACUGGAUGG